CCAAUUCCAAGCUUUUUCAGUGUAAUAGUGGUUCUACAUUUCUUGGAACGGUGCUGAUCGCCUCCUGCAUAUUGAUUUACUUGAAAAUUCAGCGAUUAUUCAGUGGAUUUCUCUGGCAACAAGGAGAUUGACAAGAGUAGCAUCGGACUUGGCAUUCUUAUUAACAUGGCAACGGGGCUCACUUUCCUCUUCUUGAUCACUCUUGCGUGCUCAGUAAUGGUCGAAGACAUUUCUGCAAUGUCUGAUACAGCUCAGCUGAUUCCUUCAGUAUCAGGAGCAACCAGGCAGGUAUGGUUUCUAUUAAGAGGCGCGCACUUCGAAAAUGUGAAUAUUGAAGUCUGGGAAGUCGGCGAAAGCUCCAGAAAGAUGUUGCACUUGCGGGAAGAUAUGAGAACAGCGCCGCCGACUGCAUUCACUCUCUCAUCGAAUGUACAUCAAGGACCCCGAAAACUGCUGAGUGACCCAGGCGGUUACCCGGGACCGAAUCCGCCUCCUUCUAACGGUGGCUCGUCUGCAGGACCAAAUGGCUAGAGUUGCCCGCGACCAAUGAAUCAAAAAGACUGCAUGUUAUGUGCAUGUUUUAUUAUUUAUAGUCAAUAUUUAAUUUCUCUUCACUUAAAAUUCUUAUAAGCAUGUUCAGCAAUUUGACAUCUUUAGAAUGACAGUAAUACAACACAAAC